CUAACUAUGGGUGUGUGCACUUUGGGAAUAAUGGCAAAUACAAGGGUAAGCUUAGCACUUGUGGGGCUUUUUGUUGCCUUCAACUAUGUGAGUAGUAUACCUGCAUCCUUGCAAAUUGAGAGAAAGCUAGUGCGAGACCCUCAGCUUCCUCUGAAGCCCACUUGGCAGCCACAGACAUCUGGCCAGACUUGCCAAGUGCAAGAAUUUGAAAGGGUUCCUUGUGGAGAACCUGGCAUAAAGGCUGCUCAGUGUAACACUAUAAACUGCUGUUUUGAUGGCCAACAGUGCUAUUAUGGGAAAACUGUGACUGUCCAGUGUACCCUUGAUGGCCAGUUUGUGUUGGUGGUGGCCAGAGAUGCAACAGUUCCCAGGAUAAGCCUGGAUUCCAUCAGCAUGUUGGGAGGAAACACGGGACCCUGUGGUCCUGUUGACUCAAAUACAGCCUUUGCUAUAUACCAGUUUCCUGUAACUGCUUGUGGGACGACCAUGAUGGUACAAGGUGGUUAUGUGGUCUAUGAGAACAGGAUGUUCUCUUCCUAUGAAGUUGGUGUUGGACCCCGUGGCUCAAUCACAAGAGACACUCACUUUGAGCUUUACUUCCAGUGUAAAUAUUCAGCUGUUCGGUUUGCAUUUGUGGCUAUUGAACCUGCAGCCAAUGUUGAUCCUCUGCCUAUUGUUGCUUCUGGACCUCUCCAAGUACAACUAAGACUAGGAAAAGGUCAAUGUGUCACAAAGGGGUGUGUAGAAGAACAAGUAGCCUAUACCUCAUACUACAGUGCUACUGAAUACCCUGUGACUAAGAUUCUGAGGGAACCAGUGUACGUUGAAGUGAGCAUCGUGGGGAGAACGGAUCCGAAUAUUGUCCUGGUUUUGGGUGGCUGCUGGGCGACGGCUUCCCCUAACCCCUACAGCCUUCCCCAGUGGGACCUUCUGGUGAACGGGUGCCCAUACAAGGAUGACCGCUAUCUGACCAAGCUGAUACCAGUUAAUGGAACGUCUGGACUUGCAUACCCUACCCAUUACAGACGCUUUGUCCUGAAGAUGUUUACAUUUGUGGAUCCAACCUCUAUGGCUCCACUGCAAGAGACGCUCUACAUCCACUGCAGUACAGCUGUAUGUCUCCCAACUGCACGGGACUCCUGUGAGCCAAGGUGCAUCAGAAGAAGAAGAGACCUUGCUGCUGUGGAAGGAAGCUCUCCUAACACAUCAGGAAUAGUGUCUAGUGGAGGAGUGAUCUUUACCCAAAGUUCCUCACCUCAGUUUGUUUAAAGCUGUGCAGAAUAAAAGUCUUUUGCCUUCAAA